AUGGGGAAACUUUUAUCAAAAAUUUUUGGCAAGAAGGAAAUGAGGAUAUUGAUGCUAGGGUUGGAUGCGGCUGGAAAAACCACCAUCCUGUACAAACUGAAGCUUGGUCAAUCCGUAACCACAAUUCCGACUGUUGGAUUCAAUGUUGAAACAGUUACAUAUAAAAAUGUAAAAUUCAACGUAUGGGACGUAGGUGGACAAGAUAAAAUCAGGCCGUUGUGGAGGCACUACUAUACUGGUACUCAAGCCCUUAUCUUCGUUUUGGACGCAGCCGAUAGAGAUAGAGUUGAUGAGGCACGCGUCGAACUACACCGUAUUAUAAAUGACCGAGAGAUGAAGGAUGCAAUAAUACUUGUUUUUGCGAACAAACAGGAUCUCGCAGAC